CCAGGACCUGCUUGCGAGACACUCGUGACUUCCCUCAACCCUUAAAAUAUAUUCCACCUCUUCCCAUCUCAGCUCACGUUGACUACAAAUUAGCUUCCUUCAUUUCAUCGCAAGCCUGGCGAGCAUUUUCCCCCUUUCAGAGUGUUUUGGGGCCAUGAAGCUUCUCCCUUCGAUCCUGCUUCUGCUUCUGAUCGAUGGCGCCUUUGCAGAGGAUUCAACGCCGCCAUUGCCGGAGCUCAUCGAGCAAGUGGUGGAAAGAUUGCAAGCGCCGUUGACUUUGUAUGUCGACGAGCUCCCGUCGAUCCCCAAAAUCUAUGGCUAUUCCCUGUCCGAUUCUCGGCCGACGCCCGUGAAUCUAACCAUCGGCAUGUAUCAGACUACAUGGAAAUUUCACCGCGACAUGCCGAACACCACCGUCUUCGCCUUCGGGACCACGGCGGCGGCCGCCACGUUUCCGGGGCCGACCAUCGAGGCGCUCCACGCGGUGCCGCUCUGGGUGACGUGGGAGAACCACCUCCCCUCCACUCACAUCCUCCCCUGGGAUCCCACCAUCCAUGUCGCCAGACCCCGCCACGGUGUCGGUGUCCCGACCGUCGUCCACCUCCAUGGCGGCGUCGUCGCCCCCGCUGACGACGGCUACGCCGACGCCUGGUUCACCGCCGGCUUCGCCGACACGGGCCCCAACUGGACCAAGCCCGACUACUUGUACCCCAAUGUCCAGGGCCCCGGCAACCUGAUGUACCACGACCACACCUUCGGCCUCACCCGCGUCAACAUCCUCGCCGGCCUUGCCGGCGCCUACAUCAUCCGAGACCCUCUCCGGGAGGCCCGGUUCGACCUCCCCAACGGCAGCUUCGACCUGGAGCUCGUCAUCGCGGAUCGGAUCUUCGCCACCGACGGCUCCAUCUACAUGAACGCCACCGGCUCGGUGCCGGAGGCGCACCCGCAGUGGCGGGCGGAGUAUUUCGGCGAAGUAAUCACCGUGAACGGGAAGGCAUGGCCGUACCUGACGGUCCGGCGGCGCAGGUACCGUUUCCGCAUAAUGAACAUCAGUAACGCGCGCUACUACAACCUGACGCUCUCCGGAGGCCGCCUCCCCUUCUUCGUGAUCGGCUCCGACGGAUCCUACCUCACGCAGCCAGUGGCCACGCGAUCAAUUCUGCUGUCCGUCGCCGAGAUUUUCGAUGUGAUCGUGGACUUCUCGGCGACAGAUGCGACGGAGAUCGAGCUGCUGAACCACGCACCAUAUCCGUACCCGACUGGGACGGCGGUGGAGGACACCGACCUGGGUCGGGUCAUGAAGUUCGUGAUCCGGCAAACUCCAACAGAUCCUCCGGCGAACAGAGCACCAAUAUCACCAACGAGCCUGAUCGACUACGCGACCCCAAUCGAAGGCGAGGCGACGACGACGCGGUACAUCGCCUUCUACGAGUACUUCCAAUCGGGGCACACCACGCACCUGCUGAUCAACGGGAAGAACGUGACGGAUCCGGCGACGGAGACGCCGAAAACAGGAAGCACGGAGGUGUGGCACGUCAUCAACCUGACCGGCGACAACCACCCGCUGCACCUCCACCUAGCGACGUUUCAAGCUGUGAGGACGACAGAGCUGGUGGACGUCGGCAAUUUCACGGCGUGCAUGCAGAGGCUAUCGGAUCCGGUGGCGUGCGACAUUGCGGCGCACGCGGUGGGCAGCGUGACGUACCCGCCGGAGUACGAGAGGACGUGGAAGAACGUGGCGAAGAUGCCGCCGUCGACGAUGACGACGAUCGUGGCCAAGUUUAGGAUCGCGGAGACGGAUCAAGCUUACCCGUUCGAUGCGACGGCGGAGCCCGGCUACUUCUACCACUGUCAUAUUCUGGACCACGAAGAUAAUGUGAUGAUUCGACCGUUGAAGCUGAUCCCGUAAGGACAAGUACGUCAAUCGAUUCUGACGCUGCUGUAAGAUUAGUGUUAGAUCUCCGUGUUGAUUUGAUUAAUUGGGUUUAUGCGAUGUUGCAACUUGAACUAUUAUUUUUUUUUAUUUUUUAGUUUUUUUUGAGAAAUGAAUGUACAACCCAAUCAAGAUUGUGUUUAUUAGGGUAGCCUUGGGUACAGUCAGUUUCAGUUUGGGAGCA